AUGCAGCCCGACCUCCCCGUCGGAGACACGGCGCUGCGCAGCCCGCCGGCCCCAGAGCUGGCCGGUGGCCCCUUCCCCAGCUCCGAGGCCACCAAGCCACCCUACAGCUACAUCGCCCUCAUCACCAUGGCCAUCCAGAGCGCGCCCGAGAAGCGCAUCACCCUCAGCGGCAUCUACCGCUACAUCAUGGGCCGCUUCACCUUCUACCGCGACAACAAGCAGGGCUGGCAGAACAGCAUCCGCCACAACCUCUCCCUCAACGAGUGCUUCGUCAAGGUGCCCCGCGACGACAAGAAGCCCGGCAAGGGGAACUACUGGACCCUCGACCCCGACUGCUACAACAUGUUCGAGAACGGCAGCUUCUUGCGGCGCCGCCGGCGCUUCACCAGGAAGAGGGGCUUCCAGGAUGUGCCGGGCGCCGAGGGGGACGAGGGACGCGGGAAACCCCCCCGGCAGCGGGCACGGGGGCCGCCCGCCGCCCCGCUGCCCGAGGAGGGGAAGGCGGAGGGGGGCUACGCCUCGCCGGCGGCUGCAGGGCGCCUGCCGAGCCCCAGCACCGCGCUGCCCGAGGGGGCCGGGGGGCCGGGGUGCGCCGAGCCCUGCGCCCGGCGGCAGCCACCCAAAUCCAGGCAGCCCUGCCUGUACCUGCCGGAUGCGGCGCAGCCCAAGGGGCCUUUCUUUGCCCCCCCGGAGAGCCGCCCGCCCAAGGAGACUGUUUUCGGGGGGGUCCCGGCGGCGCUGCAGCUACCCCGGCCAGGUCAGUACCCGCUGCCCGGCGAGCGCCCGGUGCCGCACCCGGCCCUGCUGCCCUCCCUGCUGCCCACCCAGCCCAGGGACCCCCCGCAGGACUCCCCGGCCCCCCCCAGCACCUCCCCGGGGCAGCUGGAGGGUGAGGAGCCAGCCACCCCAGGGCUGGGGCCAAGCCAGCCCUUUGGGCAGGUGCCCCCCACCUUCCCUGGCACCCUCCUGGGCACGGGCAAGCCCCCCCCAUCCUGCUUCCUGGAGGGGGAGGGCUACGCGCAGCCCCCCCUGCCCGUUUUUGGCUCUUUCGGCCGGUCGGGGCCCGAGGCGCUGGGCAGCAGCUACCAGUGCCGGGUGCAGGCGCUGAGCUUCUGCGUGAAGGAGCGGCCGUGCGGCACGACGCUGGAGCAUCUCCUGGCCGCGGCCCCCCCGGCCCCCGCCGCCCCCCGCCAGCCGCCCUUUGGGGCCACAGGGCCCCGGGUGGGCGAGCAGAAGGAGCCGUGGGGGCCUGGGGGCACGAUCCCGCUGCAGGGGGGCAACGGCUACCCCCUGGGGCUGCCCCCCUGCCUCUACCGGACACCCGGCAUGUUCUUCUUUGAGUGAGGGGCUGCUUCACCCCGGGUCCCCCCGGGUCCCCAAUAAAGCGCAUUCCCCAA